UCCUCGAUUUCCAAAACUGAAACCUGUGGAGGGAGUGAGUCUGACAGACACACACACACAUGGCUUUCACGCCGUUUCGUAUCCAGGACAUCCUGUCGCUGGAGGAGACUUCGCCAGGCAGCCUUCCUCGAGAGUUGCCAGGGGGGAGGGAGGAGACAGGACAGAGCAGCGGGUCUGCCGCUGCAGCACAGUUCCAGCCCAGCUCCCAGAACAGCCCGGAGCUGGGAGUCACAACUCAGCCUCUGGGGAGGACAGCAGAUUCCACCGAAUUGAGGAGUGCCAGCAGUCAGAGGACCAUGGGCACAGCCAGGGCUCGGAGAAGCCCCAGGAAGAAGCGUUCCCGAGCUGCUUUCUCACAUUCCCAGGUUCUCGAAUUGGAAAGGAGGUUCGACACUCAGAGGUACCUGUCAGCCCCAGAGAGGGCCAACCUGGCCACUGCCCUGAAGCUAACAGAAACCCAAGUGAAAAUCUGGUUCCAGAACCGCAGGUACAAGACCAAAAGGAAGAUGCUGGCUGCCAGUCAGAACUGUGCUGGGUUGAAGGAGCAGGCAGCAUCAAUAGAAGGGAGCUCCCAACUACCUGUCCAAUCUCCAUACCCAUGUUACCACUAUUACCCUUACUUCUACUGCCUGGCAUCUGUCCCAGCUACAGGCUGCUGACCUCCUGAUGACCAAAAGCCUGAAGAGACUCUGCACUUUAUUUAUUUCAUCAGUGGUGGCUGGAAACAGUUUUUCAACCUUAACAGGCAAAUGGGUGUAAAAGCCCCCCUCGCCCGGGCCCAUGCCACUCAUCUCUCUGUUGGUUUCAAGAUGAAUAAAACUGUAAUUCAAUA